CUCCUCGCAUUACAUUACAUACAACCCACGAGCUGUCUUAGGAGCCGGCUCAAUAUAUAUUUUUAAUUACCAAAAAACCCCGUUCAGAAACCCCACGCCCUCUCAUCCGGGGUACUACGGUUCAUGGGCAUAAUCGCCAUUUAAUUUAACCCAAUUCCAUUGCCGAUCAAAACACGGGCGCUUUUCGACCUCCAUGGCCGUCUACAAACUUUCCAAUUUCGAUUUUGAGCUUCCAAUCAAUUACGUAAGCCGAAUUCGUAUCCGUAAUUUAAGGAAUUUAAUUACCUUGCUUGAUUUUGCAGCCUCCGCCGUCACCUCUUCUUGCGAUUUAUCGGAGAUAAGUUGUCAUUGUCCUUAAGAGUUUAAAUCAACUUCAUGUGCUGUUGUACUACAAUUUUGUCAUGCACUGCUGUAUUUAUUGGCUUUCUAAAAUUGUGGGUUUGCAAAAUCUGAUGCAAUGGCAAUGUCUAGCAAGUUUGAUCUGUCUUCUGGUAGCCCGGAUAGGCCACUGUACACCAGUGGGCAGCGUGGAGCCUACUUAGCUGCUCAGCUUGACAGAUCAGGUAGCUUUCGCGAGACCAUGGAGAACCAAAUUCUACCUUCUCUUUCUGGUAUGUCAAGGAGCGGUUCUGUAGUAGCCCAAGAAGAUGUAUCCAACUUCUUCCAAUGCCUGCGUUUCAAUCCAAAGGUGGUUGCUUCUGAUCAUAAGUCUAGUCGUCAAGGAGACUUUAAACGGCACAUUAAUGUUGCUCUUGGCAUUUCUGCUGAUGAAUCUCCUACUGUGUUGUCAAAAGGCAAGUUGCUGCCUUCUCCCAUACCUGAGGAAAUAAAACGACUUAAGGCUGGUCUACGUGAUUCUUCUGUCAAAGCAAGGGAGCGUAUGAAAACUUUCAAUGAAGCCUUAUCAGUAUUCAACAAGUUUUUUCCAAGCAUACCAUCUAAGAAGAGAUCUCGAUCAGAUAGCUUUUCUGGUGACCGAUGUAAUGCCUUGUUAUCUAGUGGUCGGUCCAUCUUGGGGCCUACCAUUGGCAAGAUGGGAAUGCAUAAUCUUUCUGUUGCUGGAGAUUUUGAAUUUGAACAGCAGAAGUCAGAAGAAAGGCCCAAAAAUGUUGUUCCAAGUAAACGAACUCGAACUUCUCUGGUGGAUGUCAGGAUGGAUAUGCGGAACAAUGCUUUAGUUAAGCAGCCUGGUAAUGCAGAUAGGGAAAGGGAACUGCUCAGGGUGUCAAAUAGCGGUGCAGUUCAGGGUGAGGAUCGAACUGUAUCAGGUGGCAUUGAUGGAUGGGAAAAGGCAAAGAUGAAGAAAAAGCGUUCUGGGAUAAAAAUUGAUGUAUCUCCUAGUAUGGUAUCAGCCAAACCUGUGGAAGGGUACCGGGAAUCUAAACAGGGAAUACAGCAAAGGGCUGUUUCUGAUGCUCGAUCAAGGUUAAAUAAUGAAUCCCAUGGCUUCAGGUCAGGAAUUGCUAAUGGAUCUGUUGGAGUAGGAAAAUCGGAAGGUAUCUCGCCGCCGACUGGCUUGGGUCCACGCUCGUCUAACCCUAGGUCUGAUCCAGACAACAGCUCCCCUCUCAGUGAUCGGAGAGAUCGUCCUGUUGCUUCUGAUAAAGAGAGAGUGAAUAUCAGAGCUGUUAACAAGAUGAAUGUCUGUGAUGAAUUUAGUUCAGGUAGUCCUACUUCAAGCUCAAAAAUGAAUGCAUCUGUUCGUGGUCCUCGAUCAGGGUCUGGGGUCGGUCCAAAGUUGUCGCCAAUUGUUCAUAGGGUGGCAUCAAAUGACUGGGAGCUUUCUCACUGUACAAAUAAACCACCUACUGCUGGUGGAGCUAAUAACCGAAAACGCACGACAUCAGCUAGGUCUUCAUCACUACCUGUCACCCACUGGGCCAGCCAGAGACCACUGAAGAGCUCUCGUAGUGCAAGACGAACAAAUAUUGUUCCUAUUGUUUCAAGUAAUGAUGAAACACCGUCGCUGGAUGCUAUGUCUGAUAUGGCAGGUGAUGAAACUGGGUCAGGAUUUGCUAGAUGCUUGUCAAGCAAUUCUCCUCGACAAGUUAAACUAAAAGGUGAUGCCUUAUCUUCAGCUACUCUUUCUGAGAGUGAGGAGUCUGGGGCUGCUGAAAUUAAAUCUAAAGAAAAGGUGAAAUUUUCGGAUGAAAUAGAUCAGAAAGCUGGACGGAAUGUUCAAAAGGUAUCCCCUUUGGUCUUGCCAUCAAGAAAGAAUAAGCUGAUGACUGGAGAAGAUAAAGGAGAUGCUGUACGUCGACAAGGGAGGACUGGACGGGGUAUUACUUCUUCAAGAUCUCUUAUGCCAAUGACAGUUGAGAAGUUUGGCAAUGUGGGGACGGCAAAACAGCUCAGAAGUGCCAGGCUUGGCUUGGAUAAGGCUGAAAGCAAGGCUGGUCGUCCUCCAACUAGGAAGCUAACUGACCGCAAGGCCUAUGCACGCCAGAGGCAUGUAGCUAUCAGUGCAGCUGCAGAUUUCCUUGUUGGUUUGGAGGAUGGGCAUGAAGAGUUGGUAGCUGCUGUAAACAAUCUUAUUAAUUCUGCCCAUGCCUUUCCAAACUCCUUUUGGAGGCAGAUGGAGCCUUUUUUUGGUUUCAUAUCUGAUGCAGAUAUUGCCUAUUUGAAGCAGCAGGGAAAUUUCGAACUCGCCAAAUUGGGAUCAACACCAGUUCCUUCUAUUACAAACGGUUGUCAUACCAUCUCCAGUGGGUGUGGGUUGCUUGAACAGGAAAGAGAUGGCAGAAUUGCUGCUGUAAUACCAGAUGGUGAAGUCCUUUCACCACAAUUGGUCCUGGAUACUGGAGACAAAAAUGUGAUUUCUCUCUGUCAGAGAUUUAUAGCAGCUCUAAUUCCAGAAGAAGUUAGUGACUGUGGAAAUGAAGACCUUCCAUGCGAUUCGUAUGGAACUGGAUUUGAGAUGGAUGGAGAAUUGGGAUCCAAUGGUUUGAGUCAUAUUGUUAACUUCCAGUCUACUGGGCAUACUUCGUUCAAUGGUUAUAGGAUAACUGGGAAGCCAGAACAUGAUGAUUCUGAAAUUGGUAUGUUGAGAAAUGCAGAAAUUCACUCAAAUUUUAGCCCAUCCUUGAAUGGCACUUUUGGAAACCAAUCAAUGCCUGGCUCGGUUUGUUCAGAAUUCCAGUAUGAGAGUAUGAAUAUAAAUGAGAAACUCCUUUUGGAGGCCCAAAGUGUUGGAAUUUUCUUAGAACCACUGCCUGAUGUAGCACAGAUGGAGGAUGAUGAAAUUUGUGCAGACAUUAGUAAGCUAGAGGAGAAGCUCAAUGAACAGGUUUCAAAGAAGAAAGGCCUGCUUGAAAAGCUGUUGGAAACUGCCACAGAAACAAGAAGAACUCAGGAGAAGGGAUUCGAACAGCUUGCUCUUGACAAACUUGUCAUGAUGGCUUAUGGGAAGUACAUGAGUUGUUGGGGUCGUAAUGCUGGUGGGAAGAGUUCCAGUAACAAAACGAUCAAGCUAGCUGCCUUGGCAUUUGUUAAACGGACAUUAGAUCGAUAUCAUAAAUUUGAAGAUACAGGCAAGAGCUGCUUCGAUGAGCCCAUGCUUAGAGACAUGUUUCUUUCUGGGUUUUUCCUAAAUGAUGGUCAAUCUGGGAAGCCCUGUUCAAAUAGCUCUAUCCGUUCUAGAAGUUCAGGUCAAAAUGGGGAUAGCUAUGCUGUUAAUUCGCCUGAUCUGCUUCCACCCACAAAUCGGUUAUCUGGUCAAACUGCUGUUAAAGAUGACUCAUGGUCUAACAGGGUGAAAAAGAGAGAGUUAUUGUUGGAGGAUGUAGUUGGUGGUACUUCUUUGUCAAGCAAUGCAAAAGGUAAGAGGAGUGAGAGAGACAGAGAAGGAAAGGGACAUGGUAGAGAGGUUUUAUCUAGAAAUGGGACUAAUAAGAUUGGGCGACCAGUGUCCAAUGUUAAGGGGGGAAGGAAAUCAAAAGCAAAGCCUAAGCAGAAAACUACUCAACUAUCUGUUUCUGUAAAUGGCCUUCUUGAGAAGAUGCCUGAGCAACCCAAAACAUCAACUUCUGUAUCAAAGUUAACUGAGAUAACUGCCAACAAUAAUGCUGGAGAAAAAGAUGAGUUUAGCCUGGAUGCAUUGGAUGACUUGCAGCUACCAGGACAAGAUCUGGGUUCAUGGUUGAACAUUGAUGAUGACGGGUUACAGGAUCAUGACUUCAUGGGCCUUGAAAUUCCCAUGGAUGAUCUUUCUGACUUGAAUAUGAUGGUUUGAGUUGCUUUCUUUGUAUAUUCUUGUUUCAUUAUACUGUUGACAAGCAAAUUCAUAGUCACUGUCAUCAAGAAAUGACCAUUACAUGGAUAGAUGUUUGACUCUCUGGUCCACAGUUAGGUUGCAUAGAUUCUUUGUAGACUUCUCCACAGUUUAUUUUUGAGCGAACCAUUUGGAUGUCUUGAAUUUUUCUCAAGUUGGUGAUUUUGAGUGUAAAGAUCUUUUGUUCCUGCCAGUUAGUUAUGUCUUAGCAAUUACAUAGUAGCAAACCUUGUAUCCUGGCUGUAGCUUUUACAAAUCAGAGAGCAAUGCUCUUCUUGUACAUACAUUUAUAUUCCUAAUAAAAUUAGCUUUUUGUCCAGUUUAA